AUGUUAAAGCCUCCCUCUAAAAAUUCUAAAUUAGAAUUACUUUAAAAGAUUUCAUAACCAUCUACUGAUUCUUCUAAUGCUCUUAAAUUAAGUAGAGAAAAUUCAACUAAUAAUUUAAGUAAGGGAUCUAAUUCAACUCUUUUAAAACCUUAACAUAAAUCAACAUAGAAUAGUAGAACAUCUUCUAGUUAGAAAAUCACUGAUCUAUCAUUAAAGAGAAUAGCAAGUAAAGAAACAUCUCCAUCAAAAAUGGCUGAAUCAACAUUAUUGAAAGGAUCAAGUAUAAUUAAGCCUAAAUUAUCUUUAAAAUAGAAAACUAUAUAAAUGAAUGAAGGGAGGCCAAAAAGCUCAAGUGAUUUAAAAGUAAAAUAAAGUUAGCUUACUAAUUAAUCAUAAUAAUAAAAUUAUGGGUAAUAAAAAUAAACAUCUGUUUUAAAAAAGGAGACUAAUUUGUAGGGACAUCGUUCAACAGGUUUAAAUAAAUUAAAUAAAUCAGUUAAUUCUAAUUCUUCAAGUCGUAAAAUAUCUCCAUAAAAUAAGGAUAUAUUAUUCAUAAAAUAAAAAUUAGGUUCAUCAUAAAGUUAAAUAGAAUAAUAAUCUCAAGAAUUAUUGUAAUAGAAUAAUGGAUAAUAAUAAUUAAAAUUGAAUGAUCAAGAAUAAAUAGAUUUGAUACAAUAUCAAGACUCUUAAUAAGAUAUUAAUUAAAGUGAGGAUAAUCUUAUAAUUGAUUAAUCUAAAGUAUAAUAAUAAGAUGGAACUUUAAAUGAAGGCAUAUCUGAAUAAAUAUAAAAUUAAUAUAAUUAAAUAUAACAAUCUAAUAAUUAUUCAGAGCAACUUGAUACUGAAAAUGAUGAAGAUUAAUAUAUUAAUUAAUAUUAAUUAGAAAAUUAGUAAUUAAUUUAAGCAAGUGAAAAACUUAAAUAUUUAAGUAAUCAUAUUCAAGAAUUAAUAUAAAAUGAUGAUGAUAAUUAAUCAAAUGAACUUGAUACCAAUUAAGUAAAUAAUUAAGAAAUAGAUUUAAAGAUAAAUUCUGUUAAUUAGAAAGUAAAAUCAUAGUUAUAGAUUGAAUCUCUAUAAAUAGAUAAAACUAAUUAUUAAAUUAAUUAAUUAUUAUUGACAGAAGGAGAUAAAAAAUAAAAUUAAUUAUUUAAAGAAAUUAAGACAUUUUCAGAUUAGAUAGGAGAAAGAUUGAACACAAUAUAGGAAGAUAUUCAAAGUAAUGAUGCUAUCAGUUAAAUAUAAUUUAAUGAUAUAGCUGAUGGAGAUACUAGUGAUAUAGUUAUAACACAUAGAACAAAUGAUGCUUAUAGAAAAAAUAGUUAUAAUUUCUUAAGGAAAUAAUCUUAGAAUGCAUCAAGCUCUAAAUUUUUAGAAAUUGUUAUUUAAGAUGAUCAAAUUUAAAUUUAAUAAAUUUAAUCAGCUAAGGCUUAAUUAUACUCAUAAUAAUUUUAAAUUUUUAAUUAAAAUGAUAGAAAUCUUAUAUAAGAAGAUACAUAAGUAAAUAAAAAAGAAAUAAAUUAUUAAAUAGAAUAAGAUAUUGGAAUUAAAAAUCAAUUACAUAAUUUUGAUUUAAAAUUAAUAAAUGAUCCUAAAAAUAAUCUUAUUAUUUAGUAAAUAGCAGAAAAGUAGUAAUCCAAUUUAAUUUCAAAUAACUCUAAUUUAGAUUAAGAUUCUAUUAAAAUUAAUUAUUAAGUUGAAACAUAAUCUACUUUUAUAUAAUAGAAUCUUACAGAUAAUUUAUAAUAAUUAAAUGGAUCAUGUAUUAACAUUUAAAAUGAGUAGAAAUAAUAAAAUAUGAAUUAAGAUAAUGUUAAUAAGGAAAUUAUAAAUGAAGAUAUAAAUUUAAUAAAUAUAUAGCAAUAAUAUAUAGAAAAAGAUUUAAAAAAUGAAUUCUAAACUUAUUAUAACUAAUUACCUUAGUAAUCUAAUAAUAUUGAUUUGAGUGAACAUAAAAAUUAAGAUAUUGGAAGCAUUUAUUUUAUUUAAUAAAAAAAUAAAAUUAUUUAAGAAUAAGAAUACAAAAUUUAAGGAAUUAAUUUAAAUCAAUAAGAAUUGAAAUAAAAAUAAACAUAAAAUAAAGAUAUUAAAGAUUAAAUAUAAAAUGAAAUUACAAAAAUUAAUAGAAAUGAUGAUGAUGUCUAUAAUUAAGAUUUGGAUCAUAAUGAUAAAGUUUAGAGGGAUAAUAUAAAUUAAGAGGAUUAAUAAUUAAAUGAAAAUAAUAAUAAAUAUGAUAAUUAUGAAGAAAAUUCAUAAGGAUCUAAGAAAUCAAGAAUAACAAAUAAUUAAGAGAUAAUAAAUAAUAGCUCCUCAUUUCAUUAAAAUGAAACUGAUGUAGAUUUUAAUUUUAAUGAUAUACCAAGUUAGAGAACUUAAGAAUUUGGUGAGACAUAAAGAGAUAUUGAAAAUGAAAUAGAACAAUUGUCAGAUUCAUAAAAAUAAAUAAUUAUUAAAAAGGAUGAAAUUUAGCCAGAAAUCAAUAAUGUUCGUUUUUAAAUGACCUUAAAUCUAUAAAACUUAUAGGGAUAAUAUAAACAUUACAAAGAUGAUUAAUUAGAUACAGGAAGAACAGAUGAUAGUAUGAUAAACUAAUUAGUUGCUUAAGAUAGAGAUCUAAAUAGUAUACAUUUAGUUAGACACAACUCUGAAACUAAACCUUUAUUUAAGAUGAAGAAAUAACAUCUUUAUAUUAAUGACAUAAUAUAAGAAAAAUAGGAAUCAGCAACUCCUGAUAAUUAUACAAGAUCUAUAAAUCCUACACCUAAACCUGGUGGAAGUACAAAACAUUAAAAAAACUUAUAUUCAUUUGGAGUUUAAGAGGAUCUUAGGUUUAGAUAAGGAGAAUAAAUAAGACUAUCAGAGAAAGAAAUUGAUAAAGAUAGAAGAAAAAAAGAAUAUUAACAAUAAAAGAAAUUGUAAAUACAAUCAGAAAAAUUAGAUGAUGAAAAAAUAAAAGAACUUUAAAAAAUUUUAUCAUCCAAGUUAGAAAUUAAAUAAUAAAAAGAGAGUCGUAUAUUAGAGUAAUCAUUAAAAAUAAUGGAAUUUUAAUACACUCUUGAUCAUAUCCCAGAUAUUUAAGAUUUAGAUGGAAAUAUAGAUUCAUUUUUAAGUAAUAUUAUUAAUGAAUUUAUUGAUUGUCAUAAAAGGAAUAGAUAUAAAAAUAUAUCAAAUAUGAAAGAUCCUCAAUUAGCAGAUUUGAUGAGAAAUAAAUUUUAGGAAAUAUUGAAGAAGGAAGAAUAAAAAUAAUAAUAAGAUCCAUAGAUAAUAUAACAAUAAUAAAUACUUGAUACUGAGAUUAAAUAAAAAUAGCAAAUUUAAUUUAUGUUAUAAUUGCUAUUUUAAGAAUAUAAACUAUUAAAAUCAAAAUCUCUUGAAUUAAAUUAAGAAUAUUUUGUUUCUUAACAAAAAAUAUAUGAAAAAAUGAAAAAACUAAGCAUUAGAGAGAUAUUGAUCCCUUAAUUAAAAUAAUUAGAUAUAGAUUAAAAUCGAAUUAUUAAUGAUUAUAAAAAUAGUAUUUUAUCUUAAGAUAAAGAUUUUAAUGAAAAUGAAUUAAUUAGGUUUAUUCAAUCUGAAAUUAAAAUCUAAUAGGAUAUUCAUCAUUGUAUUUAAGAUAUUAGAAAUAUAUUUAAGGAAAGGAUUAAUUAAAUUAAGGAAGGGGAGUAAGUUAUGUAAGAAUAACUUUUAUAAAAUUCUUAAAAAUAUUGA